AUUCCACUUUCGUUUCAUUGAAAAGGUGUGGCCGUUCUUUUUGUACAACCCGGGGAUUCCAUUGUUAUUUCCGGGAAGCGAAGAAAUCACUUAUUCUGCACCAGACAUGUCUUUGCUGUAGAUGAUCAACGCUGUCAUCUACCAAGAUGAGUUUUGAGAGUCCCGACAAUGAAAAGAACUUCCCUGGUCUGUAUAAAGCAGGGUCGCUUAGCGACCAGACGUCAGUGCCAGAGGAGGACCAUGACCGUGCCAGCAGGAAGAAGGACCUGGGGAAGAAGAAGGAUGGCAAGAAGGACAAGAAGGAGAAGGGCUACAUGAUGUUUGAGGAGGAAGACUCUGAGGAGGACAUGGUGUCCCUGGACGAUGUCAAGAGUCCAACCAAGGUGAAGAAAAGCAAACCAGGCUUCAAGUUCCCAGCCAGGAAGGACAUUUUCCCCAAGAAAGAAAAGGAAGAAAAGAAGGAGAAGGAAACAAAGAAGGAAGAAAAGAAGAAGGAAGUGAAAGAAGAAAAGAAACACAAGAAGGAGAAAAAGAAACCCAAACAUGCACUCCAUGAGGUCCCGGCUGUCGCAGUCCAGAGUGAAUAUGACAAGCCAAUAUUUGGCGUACCUUUGGCGCUGUCCGUGGAAAGGAACAAGUCACAUGAUGGAAUAGAACUCCCGGCAAUAUUCCGGGAAUGUGUUGACUAUAUAGAGGAACAUGGUCUGUCGUGUGAGGGCAUCUACCGGAUCUCUGGCGUCAAGUCGAAGGUGCAGCACCUGAAGGACUGCUACAACAAGGGGGUGCCGGCGUACCUCCAGGAGCAUGAGCCCAACGUGGUGGCCAGCCUCCUCAAGCAGUUCCUCCGUGACCUCCCAGAACCCGUCCUAACUACCGCCAGCAUGCCCAAGUUUGAAGAAGCUUCAACCAUCAAGAAUGAGAAGCGGCGUAUCGAGCAGUUCAAGAAGUUGAUAGAGGAGCUGCCUAUUUGUAACCGACUCUUGCUGUCCUGGAUGAUUGUACACAUGACACACAUCAUUGAGCUGCAAAAGCAGAACAAGAUGACGCUCCAGAACGUGUCGAUCGUGCUGAGUCCAACCAUGCAGAUCAGUCACCGCGUCCUCAACAUCCUCUUCACAUAUGCCGGACAGCUGUUUGCUGACACCAUCGUCAAGAGAUAUGUACCCCCUCUGAAGCCGGCAACGUCCCGCUGGUCGCUGGAGCUGCCAGACAAUCCAGCUGCCUUGGAAGAAGAGCUGGCCAAACAGGAGUCGCUGCUGAAUGAGCUGCACCGCGAGCUGAAUGCUGGCGUCACUGACUCGGACAAGGAGGAACAGCUGUGGGAGGUGCAGAGAGUGGUCACACAACUCAAGAGGAAGAUAAAAUUCGCAAAGAAAGCUGUUGAGGCUGCAGAAAAGAGAAGGAAAGACAUUGAGAGCAAGAAACUGUCCACUCAUCUCCCUGAAGAGGAGGAACUUGACCUCAGACCCAAGAAAGCUGAACCCAAAACGUCCACAAAAACUAUGGAAACCGAGGAGAAAGAACAGCCAGAUGAACCAAAGUCAAAAGAAGGAGAGAAAUCUAAAAAUGAGGCUCAAGUUCAGAAGGAGGCUGAAUCUGAGAAUGAGGAUGAAUCUCAAAAAGAGGCUCAAGCUCAAAAAGAAGCUGAAAAGGAGGAGAAAAAGAUCAAAAGGCAUUCUGGAGUGAAGGCAGGUACUAAAAUAACAGUCGAAGCUGAUGUGGUGAAGUCUGCUGAGGAGGAAACAGAAGAAACAGCAGAGGAAACAGUCGAGGAAACGAAAGAGGGGACAGAGGAAGAGCUUAAAAGUGAGGACAGAGGUGCGGAGGAGGAGAAAGAUGAAGUCGAGAAGGUUGAAACGAAGGCUAAGAAAGUGAAAGAGACUGAGAAGGUGUCCCUUCAUCCACAUAUUCACUUGUCUAGUGAGCCACUGAAGCCUAUCAAGGCUGAACAGCCAGUAACGCCAAAGAAGGAAGAGACUGCGGACGACUCAUUGAAGAAGUCCGUGGAGCUGAGGGAGUUGGAGGAAGAGCUACUCGGGGAUGGGAAGACGGAGAAGAAAGUGAAGUUCACGGAGCAGGCGGAGGAACGGGUGAUGGAAGAGGAGGAGGAGGAAUCCGACCUAUCAGAGACGGAGGUGGAAGUUGUUGAUCAGGAGUGGGAGCCCAUCGAUGACGAGGAGAUGCAGCGUCUGCUCGAGGAGGAAGAGGCCAUGAAGAUGGAGGAGGAGGAACUGCUUGCCAUAGGGGAUGAGCUGAGACAAAAGAUCGAGACCGAGCAGAGCGAGAUCGAGCGCCUCCACCAGGAGAUCCAGGAGUUACAGUACCUCCGACAAGACUCCGACCUCGAGGACCUCAGCUCCUCCUCCGAGAGCAGCUACGAUAGUGAGGAUGAGGACGACCUGCAGGACAGUCUCUGUCAGCUCAUCCACGACAAUGAAGACCUCGAGAAAAAGAAUGCCGAGUUAUGUCAGAAGAUCCACGAGGAGCGGAUGAUCUGCCUGAGCGUAAAGCUGCAGAUCCGGCUGCUGCAGCAGAAACAGCUGGAGACGUCGCAGACCAGUGUAGGAGGCACUGACAGGGAGACCUUCCUGUAGCAGUUGUCUCCCCUUCUGCAUCAUGCUACACUGCCAAAGCCUAUUAAUACCAAGCAGGGAAAAGAUAUUAAGAGUUAUUCCCCUUGGAUAGUAUGGGCUGAAUGAGUUAUCUCCCUUGGUGUUAUUAGUAGGUGGAGCUGUAUCUACACAGGGCCUGUCUACAUGAAACACACAUGCAGGUGAAGUCGGUUGUCUGGUUCUUCACAGUAAACCCUGUUAGAACAAGGGGUCACUAUUGAGGACACUACUGGGUUAAACACACUAUUGCUAUGCUAUUGCAAUGGAGGUACAACUGGUACAAUAGUUUGAUGAGUACAUUUACCUUCCUUGUGUUACUGGACAUGACGACAAAGCCAAAGUUAGAUGCAGCUGAUUGGUUGGGAAGUAAUUUGGAGUCAAGGCAGGUAACUCUGGUUAUUAUCUGCUAUGUUUUCAGAAUGGAUGCCCACAUCUAUGUGCACAUGUGUAGUUUGGAUAAACUUACGGAAAACUUACGGAGUGACAGUAGAUUUCUGUUUGUUUUUUUGUCUAUACUGUUGAAAGUGUAGCAUGAAUUAUUAAGUUGAUAUUUGAAUUUGAUAUAUAGAGGAUAUUUCAUGUGUCAAGUGAAAUAUCAUGUUUCUCUCAUCGAGUGAUGGGGAAAAGGAGAUAUUUUCAUGAGUGGUGUUUUCAUGAGUGGUGUAGCCACGAUUGGAAAUAUUUCCUUUACCCCGUUACGAGAUGAGAGGAACAUGAUAUCUUACGAGACACAUAAAAUAUCCUCUGUAUAUCAAUUACCCUGGAACAUUUUUUAUGUGGUUGAUGUCACUUGAUACUGUCCAGAUAAACAGGGUUUCUCUUCAUGUAGUUGAACAAAUAUGUCUUGUUAAGCAAAGUUCUUGUAUCGGGUAAGCCAUAUCUCAGAUAGUAUGACCAACCACUUACAGAAACUUGACAAAACAAAAUUAUGAAUAAUGUCAAAAAUUAAGAAAUUGUUGCCAUAGCGACAAGUAUGCCUGUGUUGAGUGCUGGUACAGUGAAGUGGAUCUAGUCAGUGAUGGAAGUGUGAGAGAUGUAUAAUACCCAGUAGUUGUAGCGAUCACUCUACCUCCAGGUGAAAGGGAAAGUCAGUCGACAGUGUUGGCCUCGUAACUUUUCUCAAUUUUCUUAAUUAAUUGGGCACUGGUGGCCCAGUCAUAUAAGGUGCUGUAAAUUGAUUUUCACUUUUGCGUCUGUGUGGUGUGCCAGAAACUUAUAGUUGUGCGUUUGGAUCCAAUAUUGGUUGAUUGCAUCAUUAUUACAUCCCAUUGACCUAGGAAUGAUGCUCGUGAUAUCGACCACUGGUCUGAGGUUCAGACUGGAUUAUUUACAGGCUGCCAUCAUAUAGCUGGAAUAUUGCUGACUGCAACUUUGAACAGCAAACAACAAAGGAUUAGAAUGGAUGAUUGGCAUACCUGAACACAAGGGAGUUUAUGACGUGUGUGAUCCUAGUGUAUUAUAAAGGUGCUAGUUUGUGUUGUAAUGUCAGGAAACCUGUAGAUCUAGCUUCUUGUUCAAUGUGUAAAACAUUUCAACCGGGUAGAAUGUUUGUUAUGAGGACAUUGUUUUUAAAAAAAAUGUUUUCGUUCGAAUGUUCAUAAAUUUUAUAUGUUAGAUAUAUUUAUCAUGUCUAUCUAUCUUGAUAUCACAGGCUUUUGGGAAUUAAUAAAACAAAUUGUAUCUGGGAUCUAUUAGUACUUAUCUGUGGUUUUCGGAUCUUUCAACCCCAAAUUCACUUAUGGGGGAUAAAUUUUUUUUUUUUUUAUUGUUUUUCAUGCUGUUUUGAAAAAAUAUACCAGUAAUCUCCAAACAAGAUUGCCAUUAUCGCAAAGGGAGGUAACUCUUAAAAUUGUAAUUUAUAGAAACACUUCUCUCCUGUGGUUCUGUUAAAUCGGGCAGGUUUUAUUUCAUUGUUUUUGUCUUUAAUACAGUGUUGGAUAUUGCAACCAUUUUGGAAGAUUUUCUUCCUCUUUCAAAGUAAUAUACAGAACUGCCCUUUUGUUUAGCAGUCCCAGUGAUGGUUGCAAUAAGACCUACACUUUCAACAACAAUUUGAUUUUCAGUUUCCUUGUGUUUCAUGACCAUAGAGUUGCACCCCAUUGACGUGGGAUCGAUGCUCGUGAUUUCGACCACUGGUCGGAGGUUCAGACUGGAUUGUUUACAGGCUGCCAUCAUAUAGCUGGAAUAUUGCUGACUGCAACUUUGAACAGCAAACAACAAAGGAUUAGGAUGGAUGCUUGGCAUACCUGAACACAAGGGAGUUUAUGACGUGUGCGAUCCUAGUGUAUUAUAAAGGUGCUAGUUUGUGUUGUAAUGUCAGGAAACCUGUAGAUCUAGUUUCUUGUUCAAUGUGUAAAACAUUUUAACCGGGUAGAAUGUUUGUUAUGAGGACAUUGGUUUUUUUUUAAAUGUUUUCGUUCGAAUGUUCAUAAAUUUUAUAUGUUAGAUAAUACAGUGUUGGAUAUUACAACCAUUGUGGAAGAUUUUCCCCCUCUUUCAAAGUAAUAUACAGUAUUGCCCUUUUGUUUAGCAGUCCCAGUGAUGGUUGCAAUAAGACCUACACUUUCAACAACAAUUUGAUUUUCAGUUUCUUUGUGUUUCAUGACCAUAGAGUUGCUUCAUGGUUCAAGGAUCAGCUUGUCAGUAUGAAGACCCAGUUUUGUUCCCCACAUGCUACAAUAUGUGAAGCAUACUUCUGGUGUCCUAUUUUCUUUCUCUUUGUUAAGAAGGUACCACAUUUGCUGUAAUAAGUGCUAUUGGAGAUUAGAAAAUUUAGAAAGGGGGAUGCUUAUUAAAACUAUACACAUGCUAGGUUUUUUUUAGAGAUCAAUCGGCUGUGAACAAACGUCCUUAAAAUGUUGACAAAACAAACACUAGUAACUUGCCAAUUGUACGCCUCUUCUGUACUUCUGUACUGCUGUUCUGUAAUAUACACAUGAAAAUACAGAUUGUGAUGGAACUUUUCUGUCUUAGUCAGGGGCUGUUAUAAGUAGUACUUACAGACUGAUCUAGAAGUUGGUCUGGAGGGCUUACUGAUGCAGGGCGCUUAAUGUGGCAAAUAUGGUAAUGAAAAAAGGCUUACAGAUUGCAAAGCAUGCUGUUGCAAUCAUUGGACAAAUACUUUUGAACUGUUUUGAAAAGUGUCCGUAACUGAACAACACAAAGACUGACUGUAUGGAACAAAGGCGUUCAGAAACUGUGAAAGGCUUGCUCUGUGAUGCUGUAGAAUUAACCUCAUCAUGACCAAAAGCCUGUGACAAACAAGCAUUCCAGACAUACCUGGAGGAAGGAAUCCUGAAUGACUGCAUGUGGAGCUUGUGUUGAGUGUGUCAUGUGUCCUUCAGUUCUGUAACUGUCUGUGUGUCCUGCACUGCACAUCCUCGAUAACUCCCUGGCUUCCAUGUACCCAUCGCAUGUGGACAUGUACAGAACUGUGCAGGGGGGACACUUGGUCCACAGCAAUCUAGGAUUGUCAUGAAGCGAGUUAACGGUUCAGGUAUUCAAUCUCGGUGACUUGGCUGUGUUUGAUUGUAGCCCGAUGACGUGGAUCUUUGCUCAUAAUAUCAGUCAUUGGAUUGUCUGGUCUAGAAUCAGUAAUUUUCAGGUCAUUUAGCUGGAAUAAAAACACAAACAAGUGACUGAAGCCACUGUGUGGUGUAGUUGCUAUAUUAUACCACAGAAUUGAGGUACGGCUGGUUGGAGCGGGAGGAGAGCCCUGUGCUCAAAUCAAUGAGGUCUCAGUUUACAUUACAUACAGAAAUUUUCUGAGCUUACAGCAUGUGUGACCAUUGUCUCAUGCAAAUUCAUGCAUGGAGUAUUGUUUGUUUGUUUGUUUGUUUGUUUGUCUUAACUCUGCAGGAUUCCAGGUAUAUUAUGGUGACCAGACAAUCCAGUGAUUGAUAUUAUGAGCAACGUUCCAUGUCGUCCGGGUACGAUCACAUGCAAUGAACCAAGUCACCGAGUGUGACCACUUGAUCUAUUCAGUCGCCUCUAGCAACCAGCAUCAGUUGCUGGGGACCAGUUUGACCUGAAUCCCACCUCUGUACAUCCUAACAUCACAGGUGAUGGGGAACGUAGUGUACACAAACUCAUCACGUACUGACGGUGCACAGUACAUACAAUAUGAUUAUGAUGAUUACAUCAGCGUUAGCAGCAUCAUUAAUGUGAGGAGGAACAUUAUUUUGCUAUAUUUGUAGCUCUCAGAACAUCUUCGCCUUGUCUUGUACAUAGAAAAGGAAACAGGUGAAGCUUUAAAAAGUUUUUGAAAAUACUCAAAGUGGCACAUUUUUGUACUGUCCAAUCUGAUAUUGAGGGAUAUCCUUUCAGCAAAUGUUUGGAUGUGUAUUUAUAAAAGUCUUUCUUUGAUCACACUGAAAUUACCGUAUUUGACGUAAUAAGCGCCCCGCUCUAAUAAGCGCCCACGGCGAUAUUUGUUAAUAUAUUGGCUAGUGAACAAUCCCAAUUAGCACCCCUUCCGAUUGAUCAAUUUACACAAGACUUAUUUAUUUGUGUAUAAUACGCACUCGUGUGUUAUAUGCACCCUUAAUUAUGGGCAAUUAAAUUCUGGAAAAAUUUAUCUGUCGUAUAGAAACAUUUCAGGCUAAAAACAUUACUAUUCUAAUAAGAGCCCCCUAUUUCUAAUUUUGAGAGCACCCUGGGCGCUUAUUACGUUGAAUACGGUACUCUUGUUUCAGUUGAAGGAAAAUGAAGUAAUCAAUAUUUACUGAAUGAAACAAUACACAUCACCAAAAUAAUAUAUUUAAUUGAUUUUUAUUAUAUUUUAAGGCCACAAUAAAGUAAUUGUUAGAUUUUUAUUCCCGCAAAUUGUUUUAUUGUCCCAAAGUACGUACAGAUGAAGAAAAUGUAUAUGCGUUUCACUUCUUUCUGUACUUGUUGAAAUACAGUCACACUUAAUGAAAUAAAUAAGAAAAUGUAGACUGAUGCCUUGAACAGCUUGUUUAAUAUAGUUACUAGUGAAAACAAUUUAAAGAACACCCACAUGUGGAACGUUGUGUUACAAUACCCACCACCAGACAGAUUAACUAUAGUCAUGAAAAAGUCGCGAGUUGUCUAACUUCUUUUGAGUAGCCUAUAAUAUCUCUUUACAUAUAUAAAAAAUGAAAAAGGGAUAAUGCAUUUAUUGUGGCCUAAUUGUGCUAUGAUGUACGCACUCAUCAGUUGACAAAGAUACUUAAGACUAUCUUCCUCCCUGAUCACCCAUCACUGUCAUCUUCACCAUGUAUAAGACAUCCUUGUUGAUCAUAAAUGUAAUUGUAAAUUAGAAAUGGAAUUAUGUCCAUGGAUCAUAUUAUGGUAUAUGUGUCAAGUUUCUCAACAUAAAGAUUAUUGUAUACAA